AUGUCUUUUACCGAAAAAGGAAACAUCAUGGCCAUUAUAAGAGAAAUGAGAAAUCCCCUUUGCCCGCCACAAAUAGACAUAAACCCAGUCCUGGGUAAUAUGAGAGAAAUCCGAUCAGCCAACCAGGUCCUUUUCGAUUUUCCAAUCCCGUCCCGUCGUGACACACACAUGCACAAGGACGCCAGAGAGAAAACAAAAAAACCUAACCGACCCAACCCAGCUUCCCACCACCCCAUUGCUGAAUCGCAGGGAUAUCGUUUGACGCAUUCAAAAAAAAAAGACAACAAAAAACAAUCGACUCGAGAGAAAACAUUGACAGGACCGAGAACCCAAUAA